GCGCAAUGAUCUAUAUACAUUUGACCGGAACCGGAACUCACCCCUUUCUCUCCCUCUUCCCCUGCUGGAAAAGGAACUGUCAUCAUGUCGUCUCACCUGCAGUGGAUGGUGAUCAGGAACAGCUCCAGCUUUCUCAUCAAGAGGAACAAACAGACCUACAGCACUGAGCCAAACAACCUGAAGGCCAGAAAUGCAUUCCGCUUUAAUGGCCUCAUUCACCGCAAAACAGUCGGUGUAGAGCAGGCAGCUGAUGGCAAGGGUAUCGUCGUCAUCCUGAAGAAACGUGCAGGUCACCGCAAACCAGUGAAAGCGUACGAGAAGAUCACAAUCAACAAGAACUCUCGCACCACACUGAACCGCCUAAGGAACAUUAUCCGCAAAAACAAGUACAGGAAGGACCUUCGCAUGGCUGCUCUGAGGCGUGCCAGCGCCAUCCUGAGGAGUCAGAAGCCUGUGGUGGUAAAGAAGCAACGCUCCAGAGCCCCCAAGAGUGCAUAAACUUGUUCACACUGCACAAAUGCUUCAUUAAUAAAAGUGUUUUGGUCAGAUAA